GGCAUUGCCAACAGCAUGGUAUAAGAAUAACCCACGGGCGUCGUCGCAUCGCAAUUUCUCAUUGGUGAUACCUCAUGAAACGUACGAGGUAGCAUGCGCGGUGCCAUGGCAAUCCUCGAAGGCGUGCUUGCGAUCCACAAACCGCCCUCAAUAUCCUCUUACGACGUCAUUCGCACAGUCACACCGCUCUUCCGGAAAUCUCAGCUCUUCCAACCCUUGAUUGCGCGCGAACGCAGCCGCAAAGAGCAGUCGUCGUCCCGGCGCAAAAAUGCGCAGAAAGACCAGCUUAGCGAAUUAAAGAUUGGUCAUGGCGGUACUCUGGAUCCCCUCGCGACAGGCGUCCUUGUUGUAGGUAUCGGUAACGGCACAAAAGCGCUACAAAAAUUCUUGGAUGGCACAAAGGAGUAUGAGUGUACUGUUUUGUUUGGUGCUGCGACAGAUAGUUAUGACAUACUAGGAAAGGUAACGAAGACGGCGAGCUGGGAAAAAGUGACGAAGGAAAGGCUGGAAGAGGCACUGGAAACGUUGAAGGGCGACCAGAUGCAACUGCCCCCAGUAUAUUCAGCAAUCCGCGUGGACGGCAAGCAUUUGUAUGAAUAUGCGAGGCAAGGACUUCCCAUACCGGAGAUCAAAAGACGACCUGUCACAGUGCAUGAGCUGGAGCUUCUGGAGUGGCUUCCGCCUGAUCAGCACAGUUUUGAAUUGCCUUCCCAAGAGGCGGAUGCUGAGGCCAAGCUGGUUGCAGAGAGAGCUACGUGGCCAAAAUCACUUAUGAACAAGCGAAAGCGUGAGAGUGACAACGAUGAAGAGAGCAAAAGCCAAGAGCCACCCCAGAAAGUAGUACGCUCUUCUUCCCCGAGCGAGCAGACAAAUGAAGCCGAAGUUGAGUCUACCGACCUGAAGCCUACAGGCCAAGCAGACGCGGCGGUGGCAACAGCAGCAACUCAAAAUAAACCAGAUCAGAUAUCAUCAAAAUCUCGGCCGCCAGCAGCUCGCAUACGGAUGGUCGUGUCUUCCGGCUUCUACGUACGCUCGCUUUGCCAUGACUUGGGUGUUGCGCUUGACUCAGCAGGUCUGAUGGCGACCUUAGUCCGCAGUCGACAGUCCGGUUUCGAGCUAGGCAGGAACGUCAUCGAAUUCGACGAUUUUGAAAAGGGAGAAGAGGUAUGGGAGCCGCAAGUGAAAAAGAUGCUGGAGGAGUGGCAGGCAAAACACGCUCAAGAUGACGUAGAUAACAAGAGAGGCGCUAAAAGGGAGAGGGAGAACAGAAACGGCGACGGCGGCGGCGGCAAUGGUGGUGGGAAAAGGAGCAAAAGAAACAGGUGGAAAGAUACGCAGCACCAGUCAAAUCAGAAGAACAACAGGAGAAACACGAGCUCGCCUGAGCCUGAGCCUGAGCCUUCGGCAAGGAGGCGAAGGAAUACAAGCUCUCCUGAGUAGGCGUUCUGGGAAGUGGAAAUGAUACUCGAUUGUCUUUAUGUACCACGACAUAGAUUGGGUAUAGAUAUGCGGCCCUCGCCAAGUCCCCCCUCCCUUUCC